UAGUAUUCAGCAUCUCGGAAACCUGGGAGAUCCUCAGCAGCCAGACACACCGGAGGGGGGCGUGGAGGAGGGGGGGCUGCAUGCAGAAGCGUCGCGAAACGAAGCAAAGCCAAUGCAGCUGCCAAUGCAGAAGCACCCUUCCUUUUUUGCAAGCCCCUAAUACCCUUUUCCCCCUUUUCAUUGCCCCCUGUGCUUCACCUCCCCCCAGGAAAAGAGACGCCUCCGACACAGGUCUGCAAGGGAGCUGAGCGCCUCUGGGCAGCAGCCAACAGACCUGAGCAGCAUCUCCUUGCCGGAUGGAUGCUGCUUCUGCCAGCUGGCUUUGACUAGAGCUGUUCGUGCAUUGAUCGAGCAAUAUAGAAGCCACCUCUCUUCCCUUCUCCUCCCCCCCCCCCCCCGCCUCCAAUUUACCUCCCCAAGCUUGCACUCCCUGGGUUGAAAGUAAGGAUCAGUACGCCUGGGGAGAGAGAGGGAGGGGGGGAGAGAGAGGGGACGGACGAACCAGAAGAGGGAGAACUGCGAGUAAACUUGCAGCUCACUUGUGGGGGGGAGGACGGGGCGAUGCAUCCUGCCCCAGAGCUGCUGCAGCAGGAGAGAGAGGUCUUGUCUGUCGCCGGGGGAGCAGAGCCCUGCCGGUGAUAGCACAACCCGGGUCCGACUGAACACGAAGAAAGUGCAAGAGGGGAAGCAUCAUGAAGCUGUUGCUGCGCCGGGCACUGGAGGUGCUUUUGGCCGGGGCUUCGUUAUGCCUUGUUCUAUCUGAAGAUCUUGGCACUGAGGGUUUGAGCUCCACAUCGUUGGUAGACUUCUCAGCAGUGUCCCACAUAGAAUCUCUGGAAUCCAAUGAACAGACAAACUUGAAGGUGCCUGAGUCUGACCUUAUCCCCAGUGCCCUGCAAGCUGCACCUGGAUCAGGCUUUGCCAGUGAGGAAAAUGAAGAUUCCAAGAUUCUUCAGUCCCAGUAUUUUUGGGAAGAGGGUGGAGACCUCAACGAGUCCAGCUUGUAUCCUGGAGCAACACCAGAUUUCAGUUUUCCACUUGCCUCCCAGAAGACCCUGCCUAAAGGAAAUUUGACGCAGACUAAAAAUCACUGGGAAGUGCCUACUGUUCAUCAGUUGACUGAUUCAGCUGAGCCUGAUUCUGAAAAACCUUCUACCGGUCCCCUUGAGGAAGAGGAAGGGCUUCUUCCUAUAAACCAGUCAAAGGGUGUGCCUCAGAGCAACCAAACACCAAAGGUCAUUUUUCCUGAAACAACUGGCCGGGACUCACUGUACUCCAUCCUUUUGUCUACAGCCACCAGCAGAAUGAAUGCAGUGACUGAGGUUGCUAUAGAGAGGCAAGAGGAAGAGUCUGCUCCUGAGCAUGCUUCCUCAGGCUUUGACGUAGGGAGUAGCAUGGGACCCAGUCUCUUGCCUCUGUCCUCCAUUUUGUCAGCCACUCCUGAAGGACCACAAAGUGUUUCUGAAGUCCCUUUCAAGAGUACUUCAGAAAGUACAGUGGCUGUUGUAGGAGCAGGAGGGGUACUAGCUGAGGCGGUACCAACAGCAGCUACAGUGAAAGCUGAUGUGAAAGAAGUGGAGGUCACAAGAAGAGGGGAAGGGCCAGAGCCCACAUCAGGUGCUGGACUGGGGCAAGCAGAUUCCACAGCAGGGACAACAUCUGCAGAGUCCACAGAAACAGCAGAAAUGGAGCAGACAAAUGAAGACCUUCUAAUAACAGGAUCUCCUGGGGAUGGCUUCCAAGUAACGGAGAUGGUUUCUAAGACUCCUCACAACCCACCAAGCCCAAGCUCUUCUGUCGACUGGACUGAUAAGCCUGCUCCUACCCCAACGCUUGCCUGGGACAGCACAGAGCAGCCAGUGACGGCAGUUUCUCCUACUGAACGGAGCUUUGUACCACAGACUGGAGAUGUCCACAUGGCAAUAUUGUCUACCGGAGUGCCAUGGAGUUUGCCACAGGUGACCUGUAAAGACUGGAGCAAUCUAGCUGGCAAAAACUACAUCAUCCUGAACAUGUCUGAUAACAUUGACUGUGAAGAGUUUCGAUUGGAAAGGGGACCCCAGUUGCUGGCCCUGGUGGAGGAGGCUUUCUCCAGAUAUGAACAUGGCUUGCAGAACCAAUGGUGGAUCUCCCUUAGCAAACCCAAUGAGAAUGACAAGCACCUGCUAAUGACUUUGACUGGAGAGCACGGAGUCAUCCCAACCAAUGAUGUUCUCCAGGCACUGGAUGACAUGAGGAGAAGCUUAGCUGAGAUUGGAAUCCAGAACUAUACAACCACAACGAGUUGCCAGUCGCGACCCAGCCAGACCCAUAGUGACUAUGGGAAGCUCUUUGUGGUGUUAGUCAUUAUUGGCUCAGUCUGUGUUAUCAUCAUUGUCAUGGGACUGAUCUACAACUGCUGGCAGAGGCGCUUGCCCAAGAUGAAAAACAUGUCACAUGGUGAGGAGCUACGCUUUGUUGAGAAUGGCUGCCAUGAUAAUCCCACCUUGGAUGUAGCCAGUGAUAGCCAAUCAGAAAUGCAAGAGAAGAAGCCAAGUGUGAAUGGUGGGGCAUCCAUUAAUGGUCCUGAGAGCUGGGAUGUCCUGAUCAACAAGCGGGCAAGUGAAGAGGGUGAUGCAUUUGAAGAAGAUACACACCUUUAAACAAAAAGACCAUUCAAGUACCUGACUGUGUUCUUGCUUGACUUAAGGACUAUAUGGUGAACUUCUUUUCAGGUUUGCUAUGGAUCUGCCCAUCAUGGUUCUGAGGCAUGAUCAUAGACUUGGAACCAGGGGGGGGGGGGGGGGCGUGUUUGUGUGUUGCUGUCAGUUAGCGCCAAUGCUUCAAUCACUUUUAAAUGCACUUAACUCUUGCUCUUUAAUAGCAGUGGAGAAUGGCCAGGUAUGGAAAAUAAAAGGAGACAAUAAAAAUAAAAGGCAACAUUGCCCCUGAGUGGCAUUGACCAAAUGAUUCAUCAUGGAAGCAGUAAGCUAGUUUCACAUAGGGAGAAUCCUGUUUCAGAAAGUACAAUAGGAGAAGCAGUGUCAGAAAGCAGUGUGUAUUUCUUACCUAGGCUUUGGGUGUGGUGUGUUAAGCCAGUCUUGCAAUUAGCCACUCUACCCAGUUACUCAGGAUGAGCAACAAUUCUCUCUAGUAAGCAAUUUAGCAGACUGCUCCAGUUGCCAUCUGGCACAUAAGGAUGAGUAGUUGGGCUAAUGGAUUUUUUUGUGUGUGGGCUGGUAAAUUUUUAAAAUUUCUUUGAAAGGCUGUUUUUAGACAGAGCAAAUGUAUUCCGCACAAGUAGUGGAUGUUUCCUCGUGCACUCGCUCUAGAUUCUAACAGGAUAGAUUGUCUCACCAUCCUACCUAAUGCUGGUCUUUUGCAGUACAGACUCUCUUUUGUGGAUCCAAAACAUCUCAUGGAAAUUGCAGACUUUGAUCCAGCCCUUCACUGAACUACCUUGGACAGUCUGGUUUCAGAAAACGGUUCUAUUUCAAACAUUGAGUGAAUUCCUGCUAUCUCCUCAACAAGACUGCUGGACUGGCAACAAGAGAGAACGAACCCAAUAGCAAAAAAGUCCUUUUUCUAAAUCUCAGCCUGAGAGGUCUCUCUCACUUACAGAGUUACCAUAACAGCUAGGCUAAUGGCUGCCUCUAGUCUUGUUUGAUUGAUCUUGAAUGAGGAAGAGUUGUGAAGUCUAAGCUUGUGAGGGUUUGGGCAGAGAAGACAGAUGGAAACCCUCGUGUAUUUAUCUGUACAUUUGGAGCAAAUUGGAUUUGUGCUUGAUUCUGCAUUACAGUAAUAGAUUGGUGUAAACAGUUGGGGCAAACUCAAGUAAUAUCCUUGAGCUCAGAUCCAAGGUCUCCUGUAUGAAUGCUUUUUUGGCAUGCCUUAGACAAGUAUGGAUACCCUAGCGUUCUCAGCAGGCAGUUCUUAAGAGUAUGCAUAUUUUUGCAUAUGCAGAAUGUUUGUGCUCAAAGAUGAUGACUAAUCUGUGUUUGCCUCAUUUUGUCAAGGUGUUACACUGCCUUACACCAGAAUAGCUUCAUGGCUUGUGUCACUGCAAGAAAAAAAAAACCUAUCUGCUUUAUUAUCGGCUGUAUUUGGUCUUUAAAAGAUCUCUCACUCAUUCACACCAACACACCAAUAAAUUCAUAUAUAUUUAAUAAGGACUGAUAAUUGAAGUCCAUUAAUAUCUCAUCUGUAGUUCACGCUGAGCACAUAAAACAAUCUCUUACCAACAGAGUUUAAUUCCAUAUAUAAAUAUCUAAAUACUGUGCAAAUGUCAUCUCGGUACAGUAUUAUAUAGAUUUUUGUAAAAGAAGUUACAUAUCUGUAAAGUUUAUAACAACCCUUUUUAGUCUGUUCCCAGUUGGAUGAUGUUUUUUUAUUAUUUAGGUAUUAUAAUUAUUUUAGGGCAGCACGUCCCACCUUGUGGGUGGGCAGCUAGCACAAAUUCUCUUGAACUGGUGCUUAUCUAUUUAUUUUUAAAAAUCUUCUGCUAUUCUAGCGUUCUCUUGCUCCUCUGGUCCUAAGGCGUGCAGCUGGCUCACUUCAAGUAUCCCUGACUUUCUUGCAUUGUCACCUCUUAGACUGACAGCCAUCUUGAUGUACAGUUACUCGUGUCUCAGCUCACUGAAAUCAGUGGGCUUAGACUAGAGUUACCUCUGCAUAGGACUGUACUGUCAGUCUCAAAGAAUUCACCCAUUCUGUUAAUUCCAAGGUGAAAUCUCAUUGACUCCCAUCUGCUUGCAUGCUUCACGAUGUUCUCCCUCUAAUAUAGCAUUUAGAACUGGAGUUCCUUUCAUGACCACCAGCUGGUGCAUGUUCAUUAGGGGUGGGAACCCAUGUACCAUCUUGUAGCAUCUGUGCCUACCUAGUUAUUAAAUACUAGACUGAAACUUUACAGUGCCAUGAGAAAAUAAAAACCCUUCCUAAUCUGUUUGUCAAGCUGCUGCACACAAACAGGUUUUCAUCACAGGAAGUGAUGCAAAAGUGGUGCCCAUAAGGCUGCUGUUUGAUGAGCACUGGUACUAAGCAGCUUGCUGUAGUAUAUGAUGUACUGGCUGUUUGAUUCAGAACUUUCUAUUAAAAUACAUAAACAGUAAUACGUUGUGUAAAAACAUAUAGCCACUGAUAAACCAUUUCAACUACCAUGAUUGCAUUUUCUUACAUCUGGACGAAUGGAGUGCCAUCGCAUAAAAUAAUUCAGUAUAGAGAAAUGUUUUACAUGCUUAAAUACUCAGAGAUGAUGGGGGAGGAGGAGAGGCCUAUAAAGUAAUGUAGAACUUUUAUAGGACACAAAUGGGCAUCAAAGGGGAAAACUGAUAACUUUCCACUGGGGGUCCCAGAGCUAAAUCCCAUGUUCUUCAUCUUCCCUCUAUAACAUGAGGAACAUAAUUUUGGCCCUCACCCCAAUGCAUUUAUUAGAAGCUUUCCAUGGACAAGUUGUCAUGUUGUGACAUUUCCUGGUCUUCUUUCAGGGAUGAAAUGUUCUUUGGAGCAGGACAAGAUUUAUCUUCAACCAUGAUGUGAUUUUCAUCGACCAUAUGGGGGUAUUUUUACAAAAGAUUUGCUUCAUCAUCUGUAAAGUCCUAGCAUCUUGAUUUCUUAAGGGCCAUUCUUGAUAGCAUGCUUUGUGUUCAUUCUUCAUUCUUCAGAGGCAGGCGGGUGAAAGGAAAUGAGAAGAGAUGCAUUGGCCUGCAAUAUUCUGCUAAGGCUCUUCCAAAUAUCAUCCUUCAAGAACAAAAUGUCUGUAUUAUGAAAAUUAAUAUUUUUAUCAGCAUUAUAUGCUUCCUGGAAUGGAUGGUGGAGCAUUGAAUCAACCCCAUGCUGUUUGAUAUCUUUAUGACUUUUGAUUGAAGAUUCAAUUUUUUAAUUUUUUUUAAUGUGACUCAAAUUUAGCUGAGCCUCUUUUAAAAUUAUCAGACUAGAAGACCACCUUAUUUCCUGUUCACUGAGGCACUGUGAUGGCUGACUUUGCCUUUUAUUUUGAACCACACUGACCUCUGGUGGUAUUUGGGAACAAGGUUCAGUGACAAUUUUAGUGCUGCCGUGCUUUUGUCCUUGUUUCCUAUCACCAUUCUGGAUUUCAGAACAGUUAAUUGACAAGAAUUUGCAUAUUUUUGUGUUUGUUAAAAGGAAGAGAACAAAACCUCAUUUUAAAGAAAAAAUCUUCUCAUCUGAAAACCAGGUGGUAUAGUUCAGUGGUGACCCCUUGCAAGUUGCUUCUGAUAAUGGAGUAAAUUUGAGUAUCUCUGUAUUUUCCUGAUGAAAACUGUGAAGAAGGAAAUCAAUUAUUUUCUUUAGAAAAGAAAUGACAUACUAGGUCUAAUCUCAAAUAAUGGCAUAUUAGAUCUAAUCUCAAGUGAAAAGAGAAGCUUGCAGAACAUUCCCAAGCUAUCUAGAAUCAAACAUUAGAUAGAAAAAUAGCCCUAAACUUGGGUGGGGGGCGGAGAAGGUUGCAUCAUUGAUUGCAUGAAGCAAGGUAGGAAUAAUAAGGAGCAAUGCCAAAUAAAAAUAGAAACACACAAUAAAUAACUCAGAAAACUUGGUGCAAUGAAUACCUUCUGAUUGAACACAUGUUGAAUAGCCCUGUUAGCUUCUAGCAGCAAAAUAAAAUGUGGGUCUGGUGGUACCUUAACAACUAAAUAACAAAAUGCCUUCCUGUAAAAGCGUUUGUAUCAGAGCUCACUUCAUCAGAUUCAUCUGAUUUUUUCCCCUUGCUAUAACUAUUUUAUUGCUAUAACUGCCAUACUAGAAAACUAAGUAGAAUGUUCUCAUAAAAAACCAGUUGUGAGUGUACCAUUUUAAAUUCUAUUAAGUGGCUUCUUUGCUAGUAAGCUAGUACAGCCUCUUCAGAAUUACCUUUUUUUUUUAGAACUAGCAAGUGUGUAUUCAUAUCAAAAAUGCAAAGGUGCAUGGCCUUGGAAGAGAAGGAACACAACACACUAAUAGACUCAGGGAAUAAUCCACAGCCAUUAAAAAAAUGAGGGUACUCUCAUAAAUAUCAAAGAUAUACAUGGAUUGCACCCCAGCUCUGCUAUUAAUCCACUCUUCAAGAGCAAUGUACACCACAGCAGAGGGGUCUGGCUGAAGUUAAGACAUGCUUCUAAUAUAAGGAUAUGGCUCAAGAAAGCUUAGUGGCUCUGAGAUUUGACUCUUAUAAGAAUAUGAUGUCUGGACAUUUUUUUCAGAGUUAGGUAGCAGAGUAAGAAGUUGUCUCUUGUAUCUCUUAGAUUUGUUUCUCACAUUUUGUUCACUGCAAUAAGCUUUUGUGUGGCCCUGAAAAUUCUUUUAUCUGAUAGUUGUAAUUUCCAUAUUGAACUUCUCCUUUACAGAAGUCCAAGGUGAAUUCCAGAGACUGAUAAACUGUAAUUGUUUUCUCAGAUCUUUCCUUGAGUGUCACCAUUUUUGUAAGGUAAACUUAUAUUGUGAGGUGCUUGAAUAAUUGGAGCAGAUAACUAAGGUGAAAGUAAUGACAACUUGGGUUAGAGUGGAAAAAAUGAUUCAAUUCUCAUAGUAAUUCUCUGUCAAUUUAAACUGGUUAGACUUCUUCCAAGGACUGCUGCCUGUAAAGACUCAGCAUAAGAAAUUUCCUACACAAAUACUUUAUCUAUAGGGAUCUCCAAUUAAUAGAGGCCUAGUUUUUACAGACAGCAGCUGAGGUGGCAAGUCUGUAUUGAGACUAUUCCACUUCAGAAUGCAGGUUGUCACUAUCGCAGACUUUUCUAAACACAGAAAACUAGUGAGUCAGGGACCAGCCUAUGCUAGAGUUCUUCUCUCCUCACUACCUAGUAUCCCAUUUGCUAAUUAUUUUUGUUUGCUUGCUUGUUUUGCAUUGGGGGAAUAUGAUGCCAAGUGAGCCUCUAUCUGCAGACUCAACUCUCCAAACACAUGCAGUUUGUAAGAAUUAGGCUUACAUGUUAGAUAAUCACAUGUGACAACUUUUACAUUUUGCAUCAAAUUUCGUACAAAAAGCUUUAUCCAUUUAGGAUUUUUAAAAAAUGUUCUCCAUUCUAUAUAGAACAAAAGAUGCACAAUGUUCUUACCUUGCCAUAUGGGAACAUCACAUACAUAUAGUUUGUCAUGUGUACAUGUUAGAAAACCAUGGCCAAGUAUAGCUUUCAACAGUGCUGCAUGGAUUUGUGAAGUAGAUGUCUUCUGAAAAUACAUGAUAGUGUCGAGGUGAAAAUGUUUUUUUUCUGACAUCCUAGGGACAUCACUUGAAGAGGUCUUAAAGUGUUACUCAAAAAGGGAAAUAAUGUAUCAGCAAAUUCUCAGUUUAGGAAUAAGUAGCUUAUUUUCAGAAAAUAGCAAGAAGUCACUUGGGCAUAAAGUGAUUCAAAUCUUGUUUCCACUUGUUUCCACUUGUGGGCCCUUUCAACCAUUGUGAAGAGUCCACCCCUCUGCUUGGAGCACCUUCCUCUGGUAUGUGGCACUUUCCAGCUGAGUGAAAGACUUUUUUUGGUCUUACAUGAGCAGAAGAGAGUAACAACAGAGGAACCUCCCCUGCACUGAAGGACUGCCUCUGCAGUGGAAAAGGAUGCUGCACAAGGAGAAACAAGGCUCAGGAUCCAAGCUGGUAUACUUUCCGGCUUGAAGUGAGAAGCAAAAUGCUUGCAGAAGCAAAUAAUAUUUAGCUUUGUGGGUUGGUGCCUUUAUCUGGGAGACAGCUGUGAUAUCCUGGUCCAAGCGAGGUGCACUAAGGAAGAAAGUGCUAUAUUGGGGUCACCUCAGAUUUUGAAAACUGUUGGCUUAGAACACUUAUGGUGCAGAAGCCUCUCUGCUGGUGAUCCAAGCAGCGAGAGGGUUAGAAUAAAUUCCCAUUCUGAUUCCUCUCAGGAUGGUCUAUCUGGGCAUUGUCUUCCCUGGAUCUCUGAAGCAUUCCUGCCUUCCCAAACACACACUCAUUGUUUAUUUCUGACAGCCAAUGCCCAGGUUCCCUACUUUUGGAUAUUAUUCUGAUAUUAUUCUAGUCUUUCGUUGUAUGCUGAUGAAGACUCUCGUGUUAUUCUUAAUCCCACUCCCAGCUCUUGAAUUUGUGCAUUGCAACUGAGGAGUGUAGGAUGGAGGAAAUCUCCUUGAAACUAUUACAGUGAUUCCUGUGUGGAGGUUUGUGAUACAUCAGUAUUAUUUUAGUAGGUUUCAGGGGAGGGUUUUCUUUAGAUUUGUUAAAGAAUGUAUGCAACUAAGAAGCAACAAGGACAAUCUCAUGUAAAGAUGUUGCAAGGAAAAUAUUGGGAACACUGCAUGAUUCUUUUCUCUGUUCUCAUCCCCACUUAUUUUUCUAAGCAGACUCACAGUGUUGGCCUUCGUUUUGGAGAGCUCCUUUGAUACACAUAAAGGGAGGAUUGUUUUCUCAGUGAAAGGCUUACUCACUGCAAAUAUGUAAUCAUUUUAUCAUCUGUCAUUUCAUUUACAAGCAUAUGUUUCCUAGUCACAAGUGGCACUUUUUGAAAUAAAGUUUCUGGUCAGAACACA